UGCUGACAAGAUGUGGCUCAGGAGGUAGAGAAGUUGUCCAUGAUUCCCACAUGUCAUCAAGUAUCCUCCCGUAACAUGUCCUCUCCAGAGAUCGCCUCUCUCUCCUGGGGCCACAUGAAGGUGAAAGGAUGCUCCUCCAGCUACAAGGACUGUAAGGUCUGGCCUGGAGGCAGCCGGGCCUGGGACUGGAGAGAGACCGGGACCGAU